AGCACGACGUCGUAUUCUCACACUUCUCCAAUACUUAAAUUUCUAGGGUUUAGCAGAGAGCUGGAAUUGGGGAAUUUGAUCAGAAGAAUUGCCAUGGAGAAUUCAUACAGCGGAGGCAGCUGGUCAAUGAUCCCCAACAUGAUGAGUCAACACAGCAACCCCGCCACUCCUUCCUCUUCCAACAAUCAAGAAGUCAACAACAAUCUUUACCUUCAACAACAACAAUUUCAACAACCUCAAUUUCAAUCUCAGCAACAGCAGCUUGUCCAGAAUCAGUUUCAACAGCAACAACAUUCUCCGAUGUUGCCGCCGCCACAACGUUAUCAAAGUCCCCAACAGUACCAGAGCCCUCAGCAGUACCAAAGCCCACAACAGCAGCAGCAGCAGCAACAGAAUCAGCAUCAGUCUCUCGCUUCUCACUUUCAUCUCUUACAUUUGGUGGAGAAUUUAGGGGAUGCGAUUGAAAAUGGGACCCGUGAUCAGCAUUCCGAUGCUUUGGUCAAUGAGUUGAACAACCAUUUUGAGAAGUGCCAGCAGCUUUUGAACUCCAUUUCCGGGUCUAUCAACUCUAAAGCAAUGACAGUUGAUGGGCAAAAACGCAAAGUGGAAGAAAGCGAGCACUUGUUAAACCAACGAAGGGACUUGCUCAUGAAUUAUAGAAAUGCAAUGGACGACCUUAUCAAAACUGAUCUGUGAUUCAACUUUUCUUUCUCGAUGAGGUCCUUAACAUGGUCAAACCAGCUUUCGUUUUUCCUAAAUUUGUAUACUAGGGUUAUACAAUAUUGUCAUGAAUGCAAGAGAUUUCUUUUUUACUUUUUCUUUUUGUAAUAGUGGUAAAUCCUAGCUUAAAAUUGAAUAACUUGUUGUAUAAUGCUGCAUCAAAAGCAGUCACAAAUUGUACUGAUUCACAAAGUGUAUUGAAUUCUAAUAAAUAUCCUGAACUGUUUGUAUA